AUGAAUUAGGAAGGCAUUAUUGACAAAAAAGAGAUGAAAGAGAUUAAGGGAGAAAUUGAAGUAUUUAUUUUAUAAUUUUAUAUAGAAAGAUAAUUUAAGAAGUGGUUAAGAUAAAUAAUCAAAUAUAAAAUACAUUCCUAAAAAUGAAAAAUAAAAACAUAUAAAUUUGGAUAAACAAGAAGAUCACAAAUAAAAACAAGAAAUAAUAGGAUAAUGA